UCUCAACCAUUGCCUUUUCUUUACUUUAAUACCCCCGAACCCCAUCCCGGGUUCUCCCUCAGCGUGAAGGAAGCGAACUUUGCCACAAAAUUCUGCAAUAGUACAGGCAGUUUUAUCGCCAUAAUCAACGAUGACCUAAUUUAUCUCUCAUCUUGAUCAAGAAUUUUAUUAUGAUCCAUUCCAUAUCUGCGUUCUUGAAAUUUUUUGCUCUCAAAGAUGCCUUCUUUUAGCAUCGACUUUCAUAAUUUUACCCUAUUUCUGUUAAUUGUUGAGCAAUCUAAAGCAAUCGAAGAUUGCCCAUUUGUUUUAUGUCGCUGAGGGAGAGAUUUUUAUAUCAGAGGUUUUCAUAAUCUUAGACUAUGGAAAGGGAAAAUUCAUGGGUCGGUCAUUGGACUGAUAACUUUGUGACUGAAACCGUCGAGUUACAUUCAUUCUCUGAGAUUAGUGAUGAAGGUGACAUGGAAGUUUCUGCAGUUUCUAUGGAUUUAAUUAUACCCAAUGAUCUGUUGGAGAGGAUUUUAUCACAUCUUCCUGUUGCAAGCAUUUUUAGGGCAGGUUGUGUGUGCAAAAGAUGGCACGAGAUCGUAACUUCAAAGGGGUUUCUUCAGAAUUUUCUGCAUGACCUUCCACAGAAGCCUUGGUACUUUAUGUUUACUAGCUCAGACGAACCAGUUGGUUUUGCAUAUGAUUUAGUACUUCAAAAGUGGUACGGCAUUGAACUCCCGUGCAUUCAGACAUCCAAUUGGUUUGUUUCUUCUUCGUCUGGGUUAGUUUGCGUAAUGGACAAUGAUAGCAGAAGUGAGUUGUACAUCUGUAACCCAAUAACCAAAUGCUGCAGGAGGCUUGUCGAGCCUCCAGGUCCAAAAUUUUCCGAUUAUAGUGCAUUGGCGAUCUCGGUGAACAGAGUAUCUCAUAAAUAUCAUGUCUCAAUUGUUAGAUCAAACCAAGUUCAGGGAAAUUUCUUUCAGUGGGAUCUCUCAAUACACGUGUAUAAUUCGGAAACAAUGAUGUGGAUGACAACUUUGACAGAGGUUCUAACUGGGUGGAGAGCAGGUGACGAGAGCGUCAUUUGCGAUGGAAUUUUGUACUUUCUGAUAUACUCAACUGGUGGCGGUACCUAUAAUCGCCAUGCUCUGGUCUUGUAUAACCUAGAAAACCGAUCGUCCUGUGGAUUACUGAUGACAAGUUCCAUCCCGGUCCCAUGUUCUCUUACAUGUGGCCGUUUGAUGAACCUAAAGGAAAAGCUCGUAAUGGUCGGAGGAAUUGGGAAACAGGAUCGUCCUGGCAUCAUUAAGGGUAUUGGAAUAUGGAUUCUGAAUGGGAAAGAAUGGCAAGAGAUAGCCAGAAUGCCCCAUAGGUUCUUUCAAGGUUUCGGGGAGUUGGAUGAGGUUUUUGCUAGUAGUGGAAUGGACGACCUCGUAUUUAUCCAGAGUUAUGGGGCCCCUGCACUACUAAUUUUUGAUGUGAACCUGAAGCAAUGGAGGUGGUCACAGAAAUGCCCUGUGACAAAGAGGUUUCCCCUUCAGCUUUUUACUGGUUUUUGUUUUGAACCAAAGCUAGAAAUAGCUCCUUAGUUUUGUUUCACAAUGGAUUCAAUAUUGCAUUCACAGAAUGCUUGUCAACCCAGCUCUUUAUUUAUAUAUUACAUUUUUAUUUAUGCCACUUUUCCUUCAAUA